UGAAAGUGGACCGAGGCGCAGAGGGGACGGAGCCGAUGUUCUCCUUUUUGCCCACCUCACUGGGUUUCAACGGCGGAUGCCAGCUGCUAUCUCAGCAUCAGAGUUCGCCUCCCUGCGCGCGCGCGCGUGUCUGUGUGUGUGUGUGUGUGUCUGUGUGAUCGCGAGAGCGCGCGUGCGUAAAUCCGCGCACGCAAGUGCCUGUGUGCGCUCAGCAGCCAGUCGCUCUAAUAGAGUGACCCCCCGGCACGCUGGUUAAAGGGAAGACAGGCGAGCUGCUGAGUCAACGAAUCGCAGGGAGAAGGAUGCAACAGUUGACGUGCGCAAGUUGCACAGUUGUCGUAUUCGGAGACGGCCCGCACACGCCGAGGAUGGAGGACGGAUCGGAUGUUUUGUCGCUCUGAAAAAAACCAAACACUUCAUCACUCAGAUUAACCAAAAGAGAGAUUACCCCCCCACCACCGCCGCCACCACCUCCACCACUCGUCUGAGGAGCAGCGGCUGGUAGUUCCUGCGCCGUCCACUUGCGCGCGUUUUACUGCACCAAAAUGGACAUUUGGACACAAAUGCACUUGGAGGGACUUCAUGCUCUGCCGGAAUGGAGUUGAAGCGCGGAUCUCGGGCGGUCUGCGGCGGCGGCGAGUAGCGGCAGCGGCGGUCUGCACCAACAUGCAUCGGAUUCUGCAGAGGAGGCGAGUGCGCAAGCUGCGGGUCGUCUGGGCUUCUCUGGCCCUGGUGGCGCUGUCCCUGGCCGCGUGCAGCGCGCUCUUCACGGCGUGGACUUGGCGACAGACGCGGGACCUGUCCCAGUCCUUUAAGGUCUUGCAGGACCGAUUGGAGCAGGUGAACACGCAGAGGAAGGCCAUCGUCCAGCUCAUCCUGGAGAAGAGGGAGCUGCUGGUGGGGCAGAGAGUGAAGAGAGAUGGGGGGACGAUCCGAGGGAAGAAUGGAAAUGGAAAGAAGGCAGCGUCUCAUUUCGAGAUAACCAAAGUCUCCUCUCAGCAAGUGGGAGACGGUGGCGUGAUAAAGGGCUGGGAGGAGAGGACGUUGAAUAUGAGCAAAGCGGUGAGGUACAACAAGGAGCUGGGCACCUUCACUGUGGAGAAGGCGGGCGUCUACUUCCUGUUCUGCCAGGUGCUGUUCAACGAGCAGCAGACUCCGUAUGUGAAGCUGGACGUGGUGACCACGGGCCAGAGGCCUCAGAAGCUGCAGUGCAUAGAGGGCUACGCGACGACCCCCUCCGCCGGGCCGCACUCCUUCCACUUCGUCAAGUCCUGCCAGGUGUCCGGCCUUCUGCGGCUGGAUCGCGGCGCGGAGCUGCAGGCCAUCACGGGCUCGUCCUUCAGACUCCACACCGUGGGCAGCCCCUCCGCCUCGCCGCACGUCUUCAGCAUCUUCAAGGUCAACUGAGGCCCCCCCCCGGCGCUCGUCCGCUCCGGGUCGGGAAGAAACUCAUCUGGGAGCGACAGAACUUGGGUUUUUUUUCGGGAAGGAUGAGAUUUUCAAUUUUUUUUUUUCUUCUUUUUUCUUACAUGGUUAAAACCGUCACAAGCCGUCGAGGGCGUCACAUCCUGCCACACCCUUCUGUCCUCAAGGACAUCAAGUCGAAAGACAAGCACGGACACUCGCGGAAGUUGUUGUGGAAAAUUUGUCCGCGGACGGUGGUGCUGUUUUGGAACCCAAAACACAGACUUUGGAUUAAAACCAAGAGCCACAGUGGACAAAAGGCCUCGAUGAACGUCUGCCGGGAGAACACACACACACACACACGUGCACACACACACACACACACACACACACACGUACACACACACACACACACACACACGUACACACACACACACACACACGUACACACACACACACAUGUGCACACACGCACACACACAUGUGCACACACACGUGCACACACACAUGUGCACACACACACACACACACACACACACACCAUGUUCACCGUAGCCUCAUGUAAUAAAUUGUGCUUACACUGUCUUUAUAAGACGGACAGUAAAGCUGUGCAUGCACCUUUCACUUUUAUAUCACCGGUUGCCUCAAGAAGCUGAGAGCACAUCUGCAAGCGUCAGAUCUCGACACUAUAGAAGCCUACACGAGUCGCCGUUGAUAUUUUAUACAACACAGUGUCUGUGCGUGCGCGCGUGCGUGAAAUCGAAUGAAUCGGAACAGUUCUUGUUUUUUAAUUGAUUUUUAUGCUCCUUACAAUUCAGUGUGCUGUUUGAGUGUGAACGCCUUUUCAGUUUUUCACGUGUGCAUUAUGGAGUUGGAAGCUGGCGACGAAAGUGGAACAUUUCCGAAUGUCAUGGACGUGAACUUGUGCUCUUUUCUUAGGUCAAAUUUGAUUGUAAGGAAUUUUGUUUUUUUUAUACGGUGUAUACUUGGCUUUACUUUUGAAAAGUAUGCGCGCAAGUUAUAGAAGUGUGCAGCUCUGAAUAUAGCUUGUGUCUCUGACUAGUAUCUGUUUGAUGACCAAAACAACCACCGCUCCCACGCCCGUGCCUGCUCAUUAUUUGUAUUCCUAAAAAAAGGAGCAUUGUUUGAAUUGUGCUCAUCUGAAUUGUUCUUUUAAAUCAAGGUGUAGCAAAAAAACAAGAGUUCAUAGUCGUGCAUUCUUAAAGAAUUACACGAUUUACUCCCUCACUCACACUGUGAAGUGAAAUCUCUCGAUUGCAUAGGUUGGCAUGAAAUCUGAAAACAUAUUCAUGGUCCCCUGUGGAUGAAUAGUCGUAACUUUGGUGACUUUAUUCAGCGUCAUCAUCGUGUCAAAAUUUGAAUUCGACCAAUAGUUUAUGAUCAUUUCCCUGCAAAACCAAUGACAGGCCUCUAGCAUCUAGGCUGCAUUUGCCCCGUUGUGCCUUAACAUGCUCAUCUCUGCGAUGGAAAAUUACAUGACGAUGAAAGCUUAAGUUUAAGAGACUUGGUCAACAUGCUCGCUGGUUUUUGAUCCGACUGUUUCACUUCUUUAUUUCCUUAAUCUGUUUUUGACAAUGUAAGCCCUUCCAUUCUUUCUUAUGGCGCCGCCGCCGCUGCUUUCUGUAAUAUUUCCUGCUACAAUACAAACAGUGUGUAUUUCCAGCAGUGGCUUUUCAACACUCCCACUCUUGUUUAUAAGUAGUUUUUUUUGUGGACGGGGCCGCAUUCGGUUUCCCCCCACAGCACUUUACUGCAGAGAGCUGAGUCCUUUUUUUUUUAAUUGGUGCCAAACAUUCAUGUUUUCAAAUGGAAAAAAAAAGUGUAGACAAUAGACAUGUAUCCUGUUUUGAUUUCCUCAUCGCUUUCCUCUUCCCUUUUGUGUCUCCCCCGCCCCGCCACCGCAUCCACAUGCACCUCAUAUUUCCCUGUCAGCACCGAUCACACUGCACACAAACACGCUGAAUCGCGAGUGUCCUCUGCACACACACACACACACACACACGCACACACACACACACACACACACAUACGCACACAUGCUACCAGCCGUCUAAAUUUUCACUUCCUGAAUCUGAACCACAUUGCUUAAAAGCCUUUGAGGAAAAACAUGUCUCGCCCCCCCCCCGCCCCGUCGCCCCCACACACUUCCCUGCCCCGAUUCCGUUUUUUUCUUUGCUUCUAAAUGUCAAAGUUUAUUACCACCUCGGAAAAGUCUUGUGAAGUCUGGUGAAGAAGUUGUCUGUAAAAGCGAUGAUGAACGCCAUGCCUGGACAAUUAUUUUUAUGAUUUCUUCUCAACUCACUCAUCAUAAAUGUUGAAUAAACUUUUUUUAUUUUA